UCGUCAUGGGCCUGUUUGGUGGGCUUGAAUUGGAUUCGAGCCCACACCGAGCCUUCUCCCUCCAGUCCAGUCUUCAUCAUAUCACCCCCGAUAAAACUAGGUUCUUCACCAAUCACCUCCGGCGAACUUGAGCUGUUUCCAGCGAACCUCACCCAUCUCUGGCUCAAACCAUGUCAUCUCCGAUCUCUUAUUUCUUUUCUGGACUUCUUCGUCAUAAGUGAUUCUUCUGUGGUCGGUGUCUCCUUCGUCCCCUGUGCUUCUCCUUCAUCGUCUUCGCCGAUUAAGAUCUUGCGUUUUGUUUCUAUUGCCAUAGAUUCUAAGCGGCAGUUAUCAAAUAUGGCGUUCCGAGCAUUCUUGAACAGUCCAGUUGGUCCAAAAACAACUCACUUUUGGGGACCUGUUGCAAACUGGGGCUUCGUUGCCGCUGGAUUGGCGGAUAUGAACAAACCUCCAGAAAUGAUUUCUGGCAACAUGACAGCAGCAAUGUGCGUUUAUUCUGCAUUGUUUAUGAGAUUCGCAUGGAUGGUACAACCUCGCAACUAUCUACUUUUGGCAUGCCAUGUCUCAAAUGAGACUGUCCAACUCUAUCAGCUCUCUCGCUGGGCAAGGGGUCAGGGGUACUUUACCCAGAAGAAGGAUGAACCGGAGUCCCAGUAGCUUGCUGCUUCUUUCAUUCCCUUCCUGGUUCAUUGCCAAAAACAGAAGAUACUGCCACCACCACCUGCACUCCAUGUUUUUGAAGAACCAGUAGAAGCAACUUCAGCUGUUGGUUUAUUCAUUUCGAAGGAUCUCAUGCUUGCAUUUCCUUUUGUUGUACACGUAAGCAAAGUGCAAGACCCAACAGUAGACAAUAAUUGAAAAAAGAUCCAUAACUGUAUGCACUGAGGGAACAAUACCCCUGAUUUUAAAUAAAUAAAAACUUCUGGAAGAAAUCAGUGACUGUGACAUAGGAAUAUAGCAAAAUUGGAGACAUCUCUCAAAACGUUAAACUACUAA